AUGACUAAUAUACAAGCAUCAAGAUCAGAAUACACGGUUUCUAAUGAACAAUAUGAGAAAGACAAAAGAAUGAUUAUGACUAAUGUCGAUGUAAAUACACGUAUAGAAUUAGUAGAUACAUUACCACUCAUCACCAACCAAAUACAGGGUAAAAUUGACGCUUUUAAACAUGAGGUCAAUGCAUUUGCUAUCGGAAACAUUGGAGAUAUCAUAAGAAAACACAGAAUUUGGAAUGAGUGUUUCCCGCGAAUAGAGCCAUUUUAUGCAGUGAAAUGUAAUGAUGUUGACCCUGUGAUUAGGAUCAUAGCAGAUAUGGGACUUUUAUUUGAUUGUGCCAGUAAGAUUGAGAUACAGAAGAUAUUAGACCUCGGAGUCGAUCCCUCCAGGAUUAUUUACGCAAACACUUUCAAACAACCGUCAUUUCUCAAAUAUGCUGCUGAUAAAGGUGUUUCUUUGAUGACUUUCGAUUGUGAAGAUGAACUAGAAAAGAUCAAGAAAGUCUACCCAGGGGCAAAAUUGGUGCUAAGAAUAAGUCCACAAUCAAACUACAAGGUUAAAUUUCACCUGGGAAGAAAGUUUGGGUGUCAUCCUUUGAAAGCAUCGGACGUCUUCCAAGUUGCUAAGAAACUUAAACUUAAUGUCAUUGGUGUAAGUUUCCAUGUUGGGAGUGGGUGUCUAGAAACAGGAGCGUUCAAGGAAGCCAUUGAACAGUCACGAGAAGUAUUUGACAUUGGUGUAGCUAUGGGAUUUAACAUGCACCUCCUGGACAUAGGUGGUGGGUUUCCUGGAAAGAACAUACAAAAUGUGAAAACAGACAUCACCUUUAAAGAGAUUGCACAAGUUGUAAACAAAUCCUUAGAUAAAUAUUUCCCCGGAAAUGACGUUCGCAUUAUAGCCGAACCAGGACGAUACUACGUCGCCUCAGCGUUUACAGUUGCCGUCAAUAUCAUAACCAAGAAAACCGAUAUGGGCGAAGAAAUCGUACAACCUACAAGUAGUACACUCAGUACACUCGAAUAG